CCCAUAGGGCUCCAACGGGCGCCACGUAAACUCAAUCCACUUUUCUGGUGGCUGGCAAGCAACCAAGCAAACCGCGGUCGUCGUCGUCUCGCCGCCACGCCAUCGGAGAUUUCCCCAGAAAGCAGAGGCUUCGCAGUGGAAAAAAAGUUUCUACCGUUGCCGUUCUUUCGCCUUGCACGGACUUCGAUCGACGUUCAUGAGGUGAGCGAGCUCGUCGGUGGAUCGACGCGAUGGCCGUAGCGAUGAGAACCUGCGUGACGGCGGCGGCGACGACACCGCUUGCUCCGUCGCGGAUUGCUUCAGCCGCCAGUCGGCGCGGUCUUCCCUCGAUUUCGCUCCGACCCGCCAACGGCAGGGCUCCCGGAAGAGGCGUCUCGUCGUCGUCGUCGGCUUCGAUUUCGGACAGUCAGACGGCGGUGGUCGCUUCCCCGCCGGAAGUAGAGCGGGAUUCUGCCGCGGAAGUGGUCAGGAGGUUCUACGGGGGGAUCAACGGUCAGGACAUCUCCGCCGUGGAGGGCCUCAUCGCCGACAAGUGCGUGUACGAGGACCUCAUCUUUCCCCGUCCCUUCGUGGGUCGCGAGGCAAUCCUGGAUUUCUUCAAGAAGUUUAACGAUAUCAUAGGCACAGAUCUCCGCUUUGUAAUCGAUGAUAUAUCCGAGGAGGAUUCUUCAGGUGUAGGCGUCACAUGGCAUUUAGAGUGGAAGGGAAAGCCUUUUCCAUUCAGCAAAGGAUGCAGUUUUUAUCGGCUUGAAGUCAUCGAUGGAAAAAGACAGAUUAUCUAUGGAAGAGACAGUGUCGAACCUGCAUUAAAACCUGGGGAGACUGCCUUGGUUGCAAUUAGAGGUUUGGUGAGGCUGCUUCAGAGAUUUCCUCAGCUGGCGGAUUGGUUAUAGGGAAAUUAGUGUGGCGAACUUCAAUAAGAUGAAUAGAUCCCCCCUCUUGCUCGCUCAGUUCUCUCAUCAAAAGGCGCUUUUUCAACAGCAUUUAUCUGGCAAAUCCCCUCUAAAGCCAAGGGAGAAUUGGGUCGAGAAGCAUAUGUAGGUGUGUUUCCUGGGGAAGACAGUAAAAGAAAAACUUCUGCGGCUUUUCUGGCUGUUCUCCGUUGUACUGUUAACUUGUUGCGACUCGGAAAUAAUACACACGAAACCUCUCAUGAAAAUAUGCAGAACGAGCUAGAAAUGAGCAUGUACAGCCCUAAUGAAUUCUCCAAAAGUGCUCAGCACUUUUCUUGUUUAUAAGUAAGCAUCGUGUGAUGGGUGUAUGUGCCUUCUUCUGGGGAGGACCGUGUUCACGAGA